AAUGGGCGAGAAGUUUUGGCGAUAUUUAUGGUGUAAACAUGGGCCAACAAUAUUGGAUUAUAUUAACAGGCGAUAAGGCUGUUGGUGACCUUUUACAAAAGCGUGGUGGAAAAUAUUCAACCCGUAUAACAAGUUAUUAUCUUUAUGAUUUAUUGACUAGGAGGAAAAGUUAUUUUGGUUGCCCAUAUAAUGAAAGGUAUAGGAUGCUUACACCUAUUAUGCAUGGAGCUGUGGGUCAGCGCAGUGUAAAAGAAAAUUCUGAUUUACUCGCUAGUGAAUUUCGUAUACUUAUGCAAAACAUUUGUAAAACUUCAACCGAUGCGAAGGAUGGUUUUUAUCCUAAACAAUGUUUUCAACUCGCAAGUUUAAACAUUAUAACCCGUUUAUGUUUAAGCAAGCGCACAGAAACUGUUAAUGAUCCAUUUUAUACUGAAUUUGAAACUGUGAUGGAAGAACAUAUGGCUCUUGUUAAAGUGACAAAUAGAUUAUCGGAAUUUUUUCCUAUAUUGAAAUUAAUUCCAAACACUAGUUUACGUAAUAAAAUAAUAGCAAAUAGAACAAAAAUUGAAGCUUUUCUUGGAGGAUUGAUCAAAGAAGUUGAGAAUGAUAAAGAGAAGAAGCCUUGUAUUAUUAGAAAUUUUCUUCGCAAAAAGGAAGAAGGAAUCCUUGAUGAGUUAGACAUUCUUUAUCUAUUAGAUGC